CCCGCGGGCGCCCGGCGGACGCGCAGGGGGACCAUGCCGCGCUCCUUCCUGGUGAAAACGCACUCCAGCCACAGGGUCUCCAACUACAGGCAGCUGGAGACGCAGAGAGAAAUUAAUGGCGCCUGUUCUGCCUGCAGGGGGCUGGCGGUGCCCCUCCUCCUCCCAGACAAGGCGGCCUCUUCCACCCCCGGUGACCCUCCCCUGCCGUGGGACCGCACCUCUGCCGUCUGCCCCAUCUCCCUGCCCCUUCCGCGUACUGAGGAAGCUCGGGAGGCCUCCGGGCCAGACCCCCUGGAAGGCAGCCGGGCGGACCUCUGGACCGGCCGGGCCCCCAGCGAGCCCCUCAAAGACAGCCUGAACCACCUCAACCUGCCCCCGCUGCGGGUUCCGCCCACGUGGUGGCCCCCGGUCACGGGCCCGGACGGGGGCCAGGCUCCAGACAGACUCCAGGCGGCCCCGGGGGGCCUCGGGCGCCCGCACUGCCACAAGCCCUGCCACCUGCGGGCGCCCCGCUGCUUCACCUGCAGGUUCUGUGACAAGGAGUACGCCAGCCUGGGCGCCCUCAAGAUGCACAUCCGCACGCACACGCUGCCCUGCCUCUGCUCUGUCUGCGGCAAGGCCUUCUCCAGGCCCUGGCUGCUGCAGGGCCACAUCCGGACCCACACAGGUGAGAAGCCGUACACCUGCUCACACUGCGGCAGGGCCUUCGCCGACCGCUCCAAUCUCCGGGCCCACCUGCAGACACACUCGGACACCAAGAAAUACCAGUGCAACAGCUGCACCAGGACCUUCUCCCGCAUGUCGCUCCUGGCGCGGCACGAGGAGUCUGGCUGCCGCCGCGGCCCCUGACGGGUGCGGGCUCAGUGCCGGCGGGAGGGACAGGACCUCACCCCUCUCGGCACCCGUGAUGCCCAGCGAGCCCGGCCCCACGCUCACUCGGUGGGUUCCUCCUCUCCCCGCCGGCCACCCACUUCCGUCCAGGGCCAGAGCCGCCCGCCGGCUGUUAGGGCGACUGAGGGAAGACCGUCACGGCGGCGUGAGCCACCAUUCCCUGACUUGCCCUGGUUUCUGGUUCUCUUCUCCCAAGAGAAAAGGCGGCUGGGGGUGGCUGCCAGCUGGGCCAGCUCCUGCCACUCGGCCUUCGUGGGCACGGCCACCACAGGCUCACCUCCGCCUGCCUGCGCGCAUGCACGCAGCACUGGGUGUCCCGACGCAGAGCCAGGGCCCCGUCCCCAAGCACAGGGCAGUGAGGAGCCUGGCACCCCUGCCUGUCACGUCCUCUGAGACCCCAGGUCCUGCCUGGUGCCCCGGGUCUGCGGAAGAGGCCGAGCCCGGAGUAAUUACCCAGAUUCCUGGGUAAUUUGGGCCUCUGGCCACGGAGCAAGGGAGGCAAAGUGUAGGGACGGGGAGCGGGGAGGUGGGUGGCGACACUCCAAGCAGGUGAGCAGGGCCACCUUCUUUGGGAACAAGGAGACCGGAAAUGGGGACAGCCUUAUACAGGGAGGGAGAGCGGCCGCGGAGCGUAGAUACGCCGGGGGUGAGGCUGUGAGGGCAGAGCUGGGGAGAGUGAGGCCCAGGGAAGAGGCCAGCCGGGGGCCGUGUGUGUCUGCGUGGGCGGGGUGCUCACAAGAGAACCCAGUCCUGGGUCUGCACACGUCUCCACCGAGACCACCGUGUGCACAACCGCCCGUGGCACCGUCGCCCCUUCUCUGCCCGCCCUCUCCUGAGGCCAUAGGCGUCUACAGCGGAGGGAGUGGGUGCUGCCUCAGACACAUGCCUCCUGAACCGACUCAGAUGCCAACAGGAGUCCCCUCCCCAGCAUCCUGCCCCCGAGUGCGGCCUCUGCCCACCCCCAGACCCCCGGGAUGUCACCUGCUGGGCUGGGCCUCAAUCUUGCUAGCGUGUCUUAGCGUCUCCGGCCUGCCCCUGGAGGGCAGCCCGAGUCUAAUGGGGACUGACUGAGUUCUUGAUGCCCGGAGGGGACAGCCGCCCCACUUCUGGCCCAGGCUGAGGGACAAAGUUAGGCUCCUGUUCCUGGCCCUGAGUGGGGGCCACAGGGCAAGCGGCAGAGGCCGCAUGUCGGCCCUGGGCCUCGCAGACCCACUGAAGCACAUUCACCAGCCCGCUGCUGGGCCACGCGGCACCUGUAGAUCCUGCCCGAGGCUCCUCGGGGUGAAAGGGCCUGCGUGGCUGGUUUGAUAAUGGCCAUCGGAGGGGUCUUGGGGACAUCCCAGAGGAAACCUGACCGUGAUGUGGGGCUUCUCUGGACCAAGGGUGACCUCGACGAAACUGGCCACCCAGGAGGGCCGCGGCUCCGGGAUACAGCAGAACAGAUCAGCGGGUGCAGUGAAGACGUUUGCUGGGGAAGCCACGCUCACAUUCCCAGGCCUGCACCUGGCCUCCCCUCCGCGGGGACCUGCCAUCCCUCGAGGGACAGACAGUGCGAACCAGAUGCUUAGCUGAUAGGUCAGCGGGCUGUGACUCCCAUAACAAAGCCCCAUGCACCAUGCGGCUUAAACCACAGAGAUGUACUCCCACACUCUGGGGGCCAGAAGUCAGGGCCCCAGAUGCCACAGGGCUGGUCCCCUCGGGGGCCGGCCUCUCUCUCUCUCUCUCUCUCUCUCUCUCUCUCUCUCUCUCUGUCUUGGCUCCUGCUGGUUUGUGGGCAUCUUUGAUGCUCCUUGGCUGGUGGACACAUCACACUUCUCUGCCUCCACCUCCCAUGGCUUCUCCCUGAGUAUGUGUCUGUCUCUGUGUCCAAAUUUCCUCAGUUUGUGCGGACACCAGUCCUACAGGGUUAGGACCCCCCUUAAUGGCCCCAUCUUAACUCGAUUACCUGAAAAAACCCUGAUUCCAAAUAGGGUCAGGAUUUCAACAUAUGAACCCGCAGAGGGGAGGACACCAUCCCCCCCCCAACAGUUGCUGUGAACACAGUUUGCCAAGAGAUGUCCAGUGGGUCCCUGUGCUUGGGCUGAAGGAUGAAGGACAGCAGAGUGGAUUCCUCUGUCCCCUUGGUCCACAAAGGAUCAAGGGGGGCGGUCAAUUUUAACUGACGGGCCCACCAGCAAACACCUCCUGUGCCUGUUCCCACUUCCUGUCCAUCAUCCCAACCAGGGGCCCUGCCCUAGCAGGGUGGUCCUCCCUCCCAUCGGUCUCCCGAAGAGCUGGGCUCCUCUGUUGAGUGGGUCAAGCCAGCGUUCUGGCCCAUAUCCGGCCGUCUCACAGGAGGGCUUUUUUUUUUUUUUUUUUUUUUAAUAGCAUCCAGAUGCCCAAAGGAAGCUAUAUUGUAAAUUGUGUUCUAUUUCUGGGCCCUGAUAGCUAAAUGAGGCGAUGCACCUGUUGGGUAUGAAGGGAGGGAAUUUCACGGCCCUAAAAUAAAGUCAAAUGCUUGCCCUUCUGUGCCGGCCCGUGGAAAAUGCUCUUAUAUUUAUAUCUGGACUGGCAGAGGGCAGGGUGGUGGAGGCCAGGUUGGCAGAGAGGGUGAAGAAAGGCCGAGCACCUGCCAGGGAGCUGAUGGAGAAUGAAUGGGGGAGACGGUCCACCAGGGGCGGGGCGGCUGCAGUCAGACCCCAGGGAGGCCACCUGCCCAGCUGCCUGGCCGCUCAGGGUUCCCAGCUCCCCCCUCACCUUUUUCCAUGCUAUUUUGCCUGGUCAUCAGAAUUCACCUGGGACGCCCAUUUAGAAGCUGGCUUUCUGGAGCCCUCUCCCAACACCUACAGAACGGGAGUCGGCAGGAGGUCUAUCCCUGGGUGAAGGUGGAUGACUGGUUCUUUUCUCAGGAUGCUGCUAUUUGGGUCCCUCCCACCUACAGGCCAUCUUUUUUCUAUCCAAACUGUACUGACCACAUUUCCACUCUUCACCCUAAAGAAGGCCUUUCGGUCCUGGUCCAGCACAUUGUUGGGUCCUCCCUCCAAGGUGGGAGGAGGGACCAGAGGUCCCGGGGCCCAAGGAGCUGGGAGCAGGUGCCACAGCUGCAGCCUGGUUAUGUCUGGUGAAGGCAGAAACCUAAGAGACGAGUGAGGAUGCGGGACACGAGGAAAAUCAUGUAACCAGCCCUCCAAGGUUGGGGACCCCAUCUUUUAGCACGACAGGUGCACCUGGAUGGCAGUGUGAGGGCCACAGACAGGGUCAGCACCAGAUACCCAGCAAGGAAAACCACCGUUUUCUGACUCAGAUGCCAGCGCCCAGCCGCUGUGAGCUCAGGUCCUAGAAACAGGUGCGAGAGGGACACUAGGUCUCCGGUGGCCCCGCCCUGGCCCCACUCCCAGCUGAAAGAAACCUCUCUCCUGAAAGCUACAGACACACUAAGGUUACACCCUCCCUUCCAAAAGCCCAGAGGGCUCCCUAAAUAUCAUUUUGGCGCAGAAUAUUUGGGGAGGGGGGGGUUCUCUGGAAGUUUGAAAAUAGCCCGCGUGUUACUAUCUUUGUUCAGAGAACCCACCCCUGGCCUCCACUCGGUGGCUAAGUAUAGCUCCCUGGCAAAGUUCAAUGGAACAAAAGUUUCCAGGCCUUCAUCACUUGCAGAUGGCCUGACAUUCAGGGACACAGCUCGGCCAAGACUCAGAGAGGCUCCGAGGAGGCUGGGAGGACGCCGGCUGCUGGCCGCACCUUCCUGCUCCCGAGUGGGGGAGUGUGCGGGACUCUCCGGCCAUGGGGGGGGGGGGGUGGUCCUGGCCUGGUCCCGAAGGAGGGGUUCUGAUCCCAGCUGAGUCAGUCCCACUAGAAAGCCUUGGCUUCCACUGCUUUAAAAAAAGGAAUCCUGUUAAACUCUAUUUCAGAAUUCAGGGGAGUGCCAAAUACACA